AUGGAUAUUGAUGACAUUCUUCGUGAAUUCGAGGAAAGCUCAAAUGCUAAAAAGCUCAACUCAGAAAACAUAUGUAACUCUCUCAUUCAAGCGAUGAUGAAUGAACGAAUGGCACCGGAGUUGCUCCCCUACAAAUCCAAUCUAAUGAGUUCCAUCCUUACACAUAUCUCCAACCAGCAGCAAUUCUUACUUGACAGUCAUGAGUACGGAGACAUGAAUAGCGGGAAUGGGAUCAUCUCCGAUGAUUUUAAAUUGAGGUUAAUGAUCAUCGAGACAGAUGUAGAGAGGAUAAGUUAUAUUGUGAGGCUAUAUUUGCGCACAAGGUUGACCAAGUUGAACAAAUUUACGAUAUACUAUGUUAACGCAUCCCACAACGAAACGGAGAACGGAGAGCUGCAAGAAUUGCUUAGCUUAGAAGAAAGAGAAUAUAUCCAUAAGUACUUGCAUCUACUCACACAAUUAUACAACAAUUGCUUUUUGAAAAAACUUCCAAAGUUCUUAACACUUUUAGACGAAAAUGUUGGUGGACAGAAUAUGACAAUCGAGCCCGAUUUGGAUCAAUUGGUGUUUGUGAAAUGUGUUUCGGAGACUCCAAUUACAUUGCGAAUAGAGGACGAUGAAAUUGAUAUGGAGAAAAACGGAGUUUACGUCGUCAAGUACAAUUUGAUAAAACGAUACCUCGAUACCGAAGACAUCAUCUUGAUUUAA